AUGACGUUCCGCGAGAAGGUCAAGCGGGUGUUCCGCUCCAAGUCUGACAAGUCUGCCGGCAAGCCCAAAAUUGAGUACUACCGCCGCCACGAGUGUCCGCCCUCCAAAUUCAAGGGCCCCUUCGAUCGGGAUCACCAGAAGCGUCUGGCAGCCUGGUCCUUUGCCGGGGCUACCGUGGAGAAGGAUCGGGCCUGUGAAUUAUCCCUGUCGCCAUGCGCCACGUACGACCUCCCUUCUGAUUCGGUGGCCCCCGACGCUGUCGAUCCAGCCGAUCCAGCCCCAGAGCCCGUCGAAAGAGUCGAUCCAGUCGAGGAAUCCGAACCCGAAUCUUCCCCUCGUGCCGACGACUCCGGCUCCCAGUCUUCCACUAUCCUCAACCCCUCCAGCUACAGCGGCUCGAUGAGAACCCUCCUCAACGAGACCUCCAUCUACGAGAUCCCAGAGGAUAUCAAAGACCCCAAAUUCUACCUGAAAGAGUCUGUGCGCUACACCUCCCCGUGUAUCCUCUCCGCCCGGAAACAAGUCCCUUUCAACCCCGAGGAUCUCACUCGCGCCUUGAUUGCCGUCCAGGUCUGCGCCUGA